GCGGGAGCAUCGUCGUUUCGAAAGAGCCGCGACCUUCUCCCCGUCGCGUCGCGUCGCGCGCGUCGCGUUCUCAGUGGUGUCCCGUGUCAGGGGGUGAAGUACGCGCGAGAGGGGCCCAUUUCGCACUCCUCUUCUGCGAGAACCCUCUUCUGCGGACCCUAUCGCCUAGUGUUCUGUUUCCGUAGAGGAUCCCGCGAAAUCACGUAGCGACGACAUGAAAAUCCAGCCUCGCAGACUCCGUCCCCGUGCGGUUCUUCGGAAUUGACGGAGACGUAUAUCUAUUUUGCCCCCGGUCUCUUUUCGCCCUCGUUUCUUCCCGCAAACAUUUCUUCUUCCCAUCCGUCUACGUGCGUAUUCUAAAACGGAGUAGCGCGAAAUAGUGCGUGACGCGGUGCGUAAAUAUUUCCGGGGGCAUCUUUAUACGAUCUACGAUCUCUUGACGAAGUGAUAGUGAUGGUAUAGUGAAGUAGUGUCUAAAUCAAACGAUAUAUCUCGCGCUAAGUGGAUGAUUGCGCUGGAAGAUUUUGAUCGUCCAGCGAGUCAUCUGCAUGACGUUCGAUUGAGGUGUGAGACGUUUGAUCGGAGUGGAGAACACCAAGUACAUAUCGGAGCGUCGUUGGACAUUCUGGAAUUUUGAAAAAUUUAGAACAUUUCGUGUCACAGGAGUGGUCAAGUAUUUAUUCAGCAAUAAAUCCUUCACUGCCCGCUAGAAAAAUUCAAAUAAAUUUCGCUGAGAAGGGAGAAGGAAGAAAACGAUGCCGAUCGAUAAAUAAGGAAAAAAUCAUUGAUCACAGAUACGUAUGCGAAUUUCUUCUGGUUAAGUAUUUAUUCAGCAAUAAAUCCUUCACUGCCCGCUAAAAAAAUUCUAAUAAAUUUCGCUGAGAAGAAAGAAAGAAGGAAACGAUGCCGAUCGUUAAAUAAGGAAAAAAAUCAUUGAUCACAGAUACGUAUGCGAAUUUCUUCGCAAAUUCCGUCCUGCAGUGCUUUCCUUCGCUAAACAUAAAUCCUGCGUGAAACAACUUCCAGCUUCAUGAUAGAAGGCCUCUGAACGCUUAAGGACGUCGUCGACAGUCUCUCGAGGGUCUGCGUUUAAUUGCCGAUGGCAUUAGACGUGCAGAAGUACGUUACAGGCGAAACAGACUAGAGAGAAACUGCUAGAGGAGAGAAGGCGUGGUAGAAAAAAAAUCGUAUCUGUCAGGACAGAGAAUCGUGCAACGGGGCGACUGAUGGGGAGAUGUUAAAGUUAAAAGCCGCUCGUAAAAUGCGUCGUCUCGCGGGUGCCACAACACUGCCGCUGUACAAACGAAACUUGUUUAUUGGUUCCGCAACAACGACGUCGAUGCACAAUUGAAAAGUCAGAAAAAAUCAGCGGCUUGUUCUCUGUUGUCAACGCUAUCGAAAGAGUUUUACGCGUCGUGGGCGGACAGAGCUCGCAACCGUGAAAGGGAGCGAUUUGUAUAGACCAAUCGUCGAGCGACAGCUAUAAAGGAACAAAAGAAAAGAGAGGCGAAGUUCCUUCCUCGUUUGCGGUUAUUAUCGAAGCACGUUCGUAGUCGAUCCCUCGAGCGGAGGAAGAGAAAUUACGAGUCCGGAAAAAUGCGGUGAAGCCGUGCACAGUGCACACAGGGCAAAUAACCGUGGUGGAAUGAUCGAUGGAACGUCCAGUGCAUCGUGCGGAUUGCAUUAAUAACAACGAUCAGCCUAAUGCAUCGUCAGCGAUCUUACGGUCGUCGACGUAGCGAGAGAUACGAAGACGCUGCUUAGUGCCGGAAACGAUCCUUCGCAUCGAUCAAUAUGGAUCACAGGGGAAUAAUCUCCGUCGGCAGACCGAGUGAUAAUGGUGAUGCGGAUGUGUUCUCCAUCUAAGUAAAAGUUGGAAUCACGCGACCGAUACUGCCAAGUUAAAGUUUAUCACUAUCGCGAUUGACGUCAAAGCGACGUCGCGAUGUAAAUAACCAAAGUUCGUUCACGCACAGAUCGCUAGAUUUAACGACAAUCUUCGACCGACGGACGUGAAUAGUAGAUGUCGAAUUAAUUAUUCAAGCAUCUGUUUUUCGGGAUAGUCGAUGUGGCCAUUCGGAAUACGCGAUUCACGAAACCACAAUACAUUACGCAGCAAUUAGUGACGUCGAUUUGUAAUUCGGAGAAUGUGGUACCGUCGUAGAGUUGUUUCGUGAUAGUGAGCGAAUUAUUGAGCAGUGACCUCCAUCGGUCCCGUUUAGCGCGAUUUUAUCGACGAGGGAAAAACUAAUUGAGACGCCACGUUUUAAUUUGUGCGACGUGAAGCGAGAUUACGGCAUUCCCAUUCGCGCGCGAGUGGUUGUGCAUGGGAUGUACGGUGAUACGAAGUGAUUCUGUCCGCUCUGAACGAGAAUAGGUGGAAUGCCGCAAACGCCGAUGCGCCGAGUGUGUUAGUGGAUCCGCCUCUAUCGUUUAGCGUUUUCUGAAAACGACUGCGAUGCGUCUGAGAUAGUAUACCAAUAUGUGAAUGAACCACGCUGGGGAAAAGCGAUGUCUACUUCUCUUCCCACACUUGUCUGUUUUAUAAUUUGUUUUGGUGGUAUAGCGUCAUGCUUACGAAACUUUCGAACCGACUUCCUGGAGGAAUGGCCGACGCCAGGCACCGGUCCUCACUUUGACAUUUCAAUGCAGUCGAAUUUUACCGGGCUGGUGGGAAAGACGGUGCAUCUCGUGUGCAAGGUGAAGAACUUGGGGAAUCGAACGGUUUCCUGGGUGAGGCACCGAGAUAUACAUUUGUUAACGGUUGGUCGUUACACCUAUACCAGUGAUCAACGUUUCGAGGCACUACACUCUCCUCAUACGGAGGACUGGACCUUGAGGAUACGAUAUCCUCAGCGUAAGGAUUCCGGGAUUUAUGAGUGCCAAAUAUCUACGACCCCGCCCAUCGGCCAUCCUGUGUAUUUAACGAUAGUCGAGCCGAUAACCAUUAUAAUUGGAGCGCCGGACCUCUUCGUCAAUAAAGGCAGCACCAUCAAUCUGACGUGCGUCGUAAAAUACGCUCCCGAACCACCUCCGACGAUGACCUGGAGUCAUAACACGGAAGUUAUCAAUUUCGAUUCGCCACGUGGAGGAAUCAGUCUUGUCACGGAAAAAGGGCCCGAAACAACGAGUCGUUUGAUGAUCCAGAAAGCCGUGCCGAGCGACUCCGGGAUUUAUCGAUGCGAGCCGAGCAAUGCAAAUCCUAGCAGCAUAAAAGUGCACGUUGUAAACGAGGAACAUCCAGCCGCGAUGCACCACGGGGAAACCGGAAGCUCCUCGUACAGCAAGAUACGGCCGAUUUGUUUUAUAAUUUUAGUAAUAGCUAAUAUAAUGUUUAUAUAAGGCGAGAAGUACGAAAAACACACUUACCCCGACACACACGAUGGAACGAGAAGCGCGAUUAUCGAGAAUCGCGGAUUGCCUAUUUAACGUCGUUAACGUUUCUUGGAUAAAUAUUUGUGCAGGGUAAAACCGAACAUUACAGUUUACAUUUAAAAGAAAAGACAAAAACGAACUUCCGUGACCAAAAGAAUUUUCAAAUAUCAGCACGGCACAAUAAUCGGUAAGAGCGUAGUAUUUUGUUAACAUAUAUCAUCAAGAACAAAUAACUUACGACGUCAAAAUUUAUUGUAUUA